CGACUUGACAGCUCGUCGUUAGGCAGCGAACCAGUCAGCGGUGGGAGAGCUUCCUGCAUAUAGUUUUGUUAUUAGGGUUGUUGGCCUGUUCUUCCUAUUCCGUCGAUUUCAGUCUUAUCAUGACAUCCACUAUAGACGAAAGCAAUAAGGAAAAGAUGCGCUCUGUUUCUGUGGAUCUAAACACUGACGCCUCGCUUCUCAUUGAUAUUCCUGAUGCACUCUGUGAAAGGGACAAAGUCAAGUUUACUGUCCAUACAAAGACCACACUUAGCUCUUUCCAGAAGCCAGAGUUCUCCGUUCCCAGGCAGCAUGAAGACUUCAUCUGGCUGCAUGACACUCUGGUUGAGACAGAGGAUUAUGCUGGACUUAUAAUUCCUCCAGCGCCCCCAAAGCCUGACUUUGAGAGCCCAAGAGAGAAGAUGCACAAACUGGGGGAAGGUGAAGCCACUAUGACUAAGGAUGAGUACACUAAAAUGAAGCAGGAGCUGGAGGCUGAAUACCUGGCUGUGUUCAAGAAAACUGUCCAAGUGCAUGAAGUAUUCCUGCAGAGACUGUCCUCUCACCCAAUUUUAAGCAAAGACAGAAACUUCCAGAUUUUCUUAGAGUAUGACCAGGAUCUCACUGUGAGAAGAAAGAACGCCAAGGAAAUGUUUGGAGGAUUCUUUAAAAACAUGGUGAAGUCGGCUGAUGAGGUCCUCAUCUCAGGCAUAAAGGAAGUCGAUGAGUUUUUCGAGCAGGAGAAGACGUUUCUGCUUGACUACUACAGCAAGAUAAAAGAUUCCACUGCCAAAGCAGAGAAAAUGACCCGCGCACACAAAAAUAUUGCAGAUGAUUACAUUCUCGUCUCUGCCACUCUGAACAGUCUCUCUGCUGAUGAUAGUACAGCAAACAAGAAGCACCUGGAGAAGUUGUCAGACCUGUUUGAGAAGCUCAGAAAAGUGGAAGCAAGAGUAGCAUCUGACCAGGAGCUAAAACUCACAGAGCUGCUGAGAUACUACAUGAGAGACAUCCAGGCUGCCAAGGACCUUCUAUACAGGCGAGCCAGGGCGUUAGCUGACUAUGAGAACUCUAACAAGGCUUUGGAUAAGGCUCGACUGAAGAGCAAGGACAUUCCCCAGGCAGAGGAGCACCAGCAGCAGUGCCUGCAGAAAUUUGACAAGCUCUCAGAGUCUGGGAAGAAAGAACUCACCAGUUUCAAGGGCAGGCGUGUCGUGGCCUUCAGGAAGAACCUCAUAGAGAUGGCUGAGCUUGAGAUAAAACAUGCCAAGAACAAUGCGACUCUAUUGCAGGGAUGCAUUGACCUGCUCAAGAGCAACUGACAUGUUUUCAAGUGUUCCUGUCCUAUCAUCACCAAGUGACCAGUCAUAGCAAACAGAAACCCGGCGUCCCUGGGGCCUUGCAUGGACAUGAAUCUAAGCCCUAUCUCUGCUCCCACCCACGGGUCUGAUGCCACUUUAGAACCCUGCCUGAGACCAAGCGUCUCGUAAGCAGAAUGUCUUCAUGUUUACGGAGUCCCUGUCCUCUGGUCUGUGGUCCAUCCUUUUCCAUGAUUUAUGGAGGAUUAACUCAAUGUCAAUGCCUCCAGUGAAUGAGGUUGCCAACAUUAAGGUCUUCCAUUCCUUUACAGCACCAGUAGAGCUGAUUUUCUUUUUUCCCUAAUUCUUGUUUUCUCAUUUAAUUACAUUACGCACAUGCUAGAAGAAUUUGUCUUUUUCAUCGUAUUUCUGCCUUGAUUCAUUCUGACUCUACCCUCAUCUCUCAUAUACAUUUUGAAAUACCUUUUUUUUUUGUAAGGCUUUCAGAUUGUUUUUUUGUUGUUGUUUUAUGCUUCAUAUGCUUGAUCUGUUGAGGCUUUUUUAGUUUGCUAAUGGAACAGCUUUACAGAAGCAAACCUAGUGCCUGCAAAUAACAUCCUCAUGCUCUGCAUUCCCAGGCUCUGACAUUAGAGUGCAACCAAACCAGCCCUCUUGUAAGGAAACUCGUAACUGACUUAGAGGACAAGACACAUCAUCUUCAAGUGCUCUAAAAUAGCUGCACUGACCUCAGGAAUGGAAAGUUGGAUUGAUUUCCACAAUUUGCAAGAGAUAAGUUUGUAAGACAUGGACUCAGAUCCCACAGUUAUCAAAGGUGCAUAUUAGUUUUGUAAAUAUGGUUGAAUACUAAAAAAUUCAGCAGAUUGGUAAGAAGAACAAGUCAAAUAGUUAUUUGAGCUUCUAGCAUUUUUAUCAAAGCAAAAUCAACAAUUCUAUACUGACUAUGAGUCUGCAUUUUGGUUUUAUUUGCACUUGUAAUACCCCUGCACCACAUGUAUUAUAGUAUGUUCCCUGCAGCCCCUUCACCCUGACCAACUCUGCCCAUUCACGCUUUCCUUUUCUGUGUGUAGUGUUGAUUUUUUCUUUAUUUUGCCCUAAAUUCCCCUUUGUAAUUGAUUGGGUCUCUUGUAUCAGACCUUAUAUAUAUACCAGAUCCUCUAAACACUUUGCUUCUAAUAAUUUUAAACAAUUAUAAAAAGAUGCACUAAGAAGAAGAAAAAUACUUUCCAAUCACGAACAGGCUCAGUGGAGUGUUAAAAUACAUUAUAGUUUUUUAAGAAAUUGAAUGUAUUUCUAAUGGAUUCCAACUGUGUGAAUUCCUUUACAUGAAGCUUUUCUUACGGAACAUUAGCAUUUUAUAAAUUUGUAAUAAUGGCAUUGAAUAAAUCCUACUUUCCCAACUUU